CGAAGCAACGGUGCCACAUACACCGCCGCUCGAGGAAUAGUUUCGACAACUGAUACCCAAAGAGCCGGACAAAAGUGCGAGCCAAUGCAUCCGAGAGCCCCCUGUUGAUCUCUUUGCAGUCGUCCGAGGAAGGAUUGGUCGGACGUGAAGUCGGAAAUCCCAUCGCACCACACCAGCAAAUUCCUAUCCAACGCCCAAGCAGCCUCAGCGCAUCACGCCGUGCGACGUCACCAACGGGAGGAAGCUGGCGCGCGUUGAUUCCGUACCGGGUCGAUAGGUUGCAACGUCCACGAGGCGAACAAGGCUGGGUCUCACCCACGAGCCACAACCAGUUGCGUCGGUCGGUCAGUGAGGCAGUGUAUUUUUUGAGAACCUGCCGCCUGUUUGUUUCUUACAAACGCAGUACACUUUACUGUACUGGACUAACCUCUCGUCAGAACCCUACCUGACACGAAGAUCCAAUGGCUCGGAACAAGCCAACCUCUCAUCUGCUUGCAUUUGCUUGCGUCACCUUUCUCUGUUUUCCCCAUGCCCACGUCUACAAGGCCCUAAUGCCCGGACCCAGGAUGACCAAGACCCUUGCCCGUUGAUAGGUGAGACCUGUAUCUCAUCCAGACAGCAUAGCCCUCCCGAGACAAGGACAACCCCCUCCCCUUCGGCGGCACCAACGGGGGCAGGUACGGGGGGUACGUCACGGUGGUACCAAACAAAAGAACAAUCCCUUGUGUGUGGUAACGGGUCGAAAAAGGAAAGAAUUGGAGCCCGGGGUCCGAUUGUGAAGGGAACGGGGGGCUGGACCGGAGACAGACAAUGGACAAACAUACCUCUCAUAAAAGACCCUUCCUCCUGAGUCUCUACCACACCUGGUCCUCCGAGACAUGCUCAAGCUGAAACUAUAACCUUCAGGCACAACAAGAAGGCUGUGAUAUCAGUCUCUUUCCCCUCCACUUAUAACUCUUAUACCCCCUCUAUCUCCCUCUCGCCUGGGAUCUAGAACCUGAACUCCGUAUACAACCAUCUCUUCAACUUCCACUCAUCGGAUAUAAGAGACAGGCAACGACACCUUCACACAGCAGCAUUUGAACCUCCCAACCGUCGUUAUCCACUGGGCCUAGCCCGUAAUCCCCACCGUCUCCAACACCGUUCCCAACAGAUCACCACCACCACAGCCGCAAUGUCCUCCACCGUCAACGAAGACAACCACGGGCCUGCUCCCGAAGGCUACGACACGUGGGAGAAAUACUGCGCCGCCACAACAGCUCAGUUCUGCUUCGACGCCCAGCCUCCCAUCGAGGGCGUCUGGGAAAAGAUCCCCUCCCUCACCACCAACGCCAUCUUCGCCGCCCUCUUCGGCGUCUCCUUCAUCGCCUUCAUCAUCACCUACUUCCGCUCCCGCCGCCAGGGCACCUUUUUCACCGUCAUGAUGUGUCUUGGGCUGCUGUGUGAAAUCGUCGGUUACGCCGGGAGAGCCGCAUCGGCCAAGAACCCCUGGGACGACAUGGGCUUCAUGAUUCAGAUUGUGACUCUGACGAUUGGACCGGCGUUUUUGGCUGCGGGUAUCUACACUUGCCUGGCCAAGGUGGUGAGCGUCUAUGGUGAGGAGAGCAGCAGGUUGCCCGCCGGUUGGUAUACCCGCAUCUUCAUCCCCUGCGACGUCGUCUCUCUUGUCCUCCAAGCCUCGGGAGGUGGCAUCGCCGCCGCCUCGGACGACAUCGACCUCCUCAACAUGGGCAACAACAUCAUGAUCGCCGGUCUCUCCUUCCAGGUCUUCAUCCUCGCCGUCUUCCUCGCCGUGUCGGGCGAGUUCCUCCUCCGGGUCCGCAACCGCAAAAAGACCUACGGACCCGACGCCGGGUUCGAGCAAGCCGAGCCUGCCAAGUCCAUCCGUCAGGGGUUCAUGUUCAAGGCCAUCAUGAUCGCGCUCGCGGUCAGCACCGUUGCCAUCUUCUGGCGGUCGUGCUUCCGUGUCGCGGAGCUGUCCGAGGGCUGGAACGGCCCCCUCAUGGCGAGGGAGGAUCUCUUCAUCGCGUUCGAGUCGGUCAUGAUCCUCAUUGCCGUGGUGGUGAUGAACGUAUUCAACCCCUGCAUGGUGUUCGGUGUCAUGAUGAGCAGCAAGUGGAGGAAGCAGGGCGGGUUCAGAAAGUCCGAGAGCACGGCCACCACCUCCAGCGACGAGGAGCUCAACGUCCUCCGGCAGUCCGCUCAGGGCUCGAGGAGGGCGGCCGGUUUCGGAAACCAGAGGUACUACCAGACCCAGGGGCAUCACAAUGGCAACCAGAACCAGAACAGCCGGUAUGGUGAUGUUUAAAACAUGCCCGCCUUUUCUUUUGUCUUCUCUCUCCUUCUUUUUGAGUCUGAAGCAAGAUGUACACGAGUUACCAAGGAUGAACGACUGUUUUGUAAAUGGGGGCGGGGCAAAGAUGAUAGAUGUUUGCAUUUUCAAAGCGAUGGGUAUGAAGUUGUGUACACCAGAUACUGACACCAAGGCGUUUUCGGUUGGCUUUCUCUCAUAGUUUCUUUUAAUCCC